CCAACGAACGAAACGAAAACACAAAUUUUCCCGCGCUGCGCUGUGACCGGUUUGAUCUGUGUUUUCGCGAUCAUUCCGAUUGUAUGUUUGAAAUGUCUAUGAAAGGGUGAAUUUAUUCAUUUUAGUCUGGAUAGCACAGUUACAAUGUCUAUGAAAAAUGCGUCGCAGCUUAGCUCCAAGUCAAGUUGCAAAGCGCAGACCAGAUGAUGAAUAUAGUCCUUUAACUCAACAAUUAAGCAAGAAGGGGCGGAAGUUGGCAUGCUCUCAACGUGCUCCCUUAAUACCACUGACUCAAACGCCUUUGCCAGCUCCAGUGACGGCAGAGAGCGUAUCUAAUCAUGAAGCCUUUAUCAGAAAUCUCCUUGCAAAGCCUUUCAAAGUACCUAUCCCAAAUUAUCAAGGAGGCUUUUCAGGACGUGCAUUGGGAGUUCGUCGUUCGGGCGUUAGAAGGCCCCUCCAUGACCCCGAUGAACCAAAUGCCCUCAUCCUUUAUACUCCUCCAGAGCUUUCAGCUCAUGAUAAGCUUAAAGGAGAAGUCGACAAGCAGCCUGUGCAUGUAGUUGUUGACCCAAUCUUGUGCAAUGUCUUACGCCCUCAUCAAAGGGAGGGUGUUAAAUUUAUGUAUGAAUGUGUGACGGGAGUUCGAAUAGAAAAUGCUUGGGGAUGUAUUAUGGCAGAUGAAAUGGGUUUGGGCAAAACAUUACAAUGCAUUACCCUUAUGUGGACUCUGCUUAAACAGGGCCCUGACUGUAAACCCACUAUCAGUAAAGCAAUUGUUGUGGCACCCAGCAGUCUUGUCAAGAACUGGUUUAAUGAGAUAAAUAAAUGGCUUGGAGGUAGAGUUCAUCCACUGGCUAUAGAUUCUGGUUCCAAAGAUGAAAUUGACAAAAAGCUCCAAGGAUUCAUGCAAACAUAUCGAGGCCGCCCUGUUAAUCCUAUUCUAAUUAUUUCAUAUGAAACAUUCCGUCUACAUGCUUAUGUGCUACACAAGGGAGAAGUAGGGCUUGUUCUUUGUGAUGAGGGUCAUCGGUUGAAAAACUGUGAGAACCAAACGUACCAAGCUCUGAUGGGACUUCAGGCGAAACGUAGAGUUUUGCUGUCAGGAACACCCAUUCAAAAUGAUUUGUUGGAAUAUUUCAGUCUUGUACACUUUGUUAAUCAAGGAAUUUUGGGCACAGCUCAGGAGUUCAGGAAACAGUUUGAAAUCCCUAUUCUGCGUGGACAAGAUGCAGGAGCAACUGAUGGUGAAAGAAAACGUGGACAGGAGUGCCUUGAUAGAUUAGCUGCACUGGUGAACCGGUGUCUUAUAAGAAGAACAUCUGCAUUACUGUCUAAGUAUCUGCCAAUUAAAUACGAGCAGGUCAUUUGUGUCAACCUUACACCUUUGCAAGAGAAAUUGUACACCCAGUUCAUAAACUCGGAAAGCAUAAAAAGAACAGUCAUUGAAGCGGAUGAUGGGAAGAGUGGCAAGAAGGGCGGUGGGAAGGGUACCCUAUCUGCCCUCUCAGCAAUUACAACCCUGAAGAAGCUCUGCAAUCAUCCUGAUCUGGUCUAUGAAAAAAUUGCCCAAAGAGCUGAAGGAUUUGAAAAGGCUCUUGAGCACCUCCCAAGUAACUAUGAUGUCAAGAAAGUACUUCCAGAGCUGUCAGGAAAACUCAUGGUUCUUGAUUGUCUUCUGGCUGUAGUCAAAUCAACAACAAAUGACAAAGUUGUUUUGGUGUCAAAUUACACUCAGACUUUGGAUCUAUUUGAGAAGCUAAGUAGUCACCGCCAUUACAAUUAUGUUAGAUUAGAUGGAACCAUGAGUAUCAAAAAAAGAGCAAAAGUGGUAGACAAAUUUAAUGAUCCAGCUAGUCCUGAUUUUAUAUUCAUGCUGAGCUCUAAAGCAGGAGGAUGUGGUCUAAAUUUGAUUGGAGCAAACCGUUUAGUCAUGUUUGAUCCUGACUGGAAUCCAGCAAAUGAUGAUCAAGCUAUGGCAAGAGUCUGGAGAGAUGGUCAAAAAAAGCCUUGCUUCAUUUAUCGCUUGCUGAGUACUGGCACAAUUGAGGAAAAGAUCUUUCAGCGUCAAGCCCAUAAAAAGGCUCUCAGUUCUUGUGUUGUUGAUAAUGAAGAAGAUGUGGCAAGACAUUUUACUCUGGCAGACCUGAAGGAUUUGUUCAAAUUAGAGAGGAAUACUUUGAGUGACACACAUGACAAGUUCAAAUGCAAAAGAUGUGUGAACAAAAUACAAGUUAAACCACCUGGGGAAGAAUUUGACUGCACUGCUGACUUAUCUUAUUGGCACCAUAGUGCUGAUAGGAGGACAUUAGUAGAUGGCAUUUUGAAACAAUGUUGGGAUGCAGGGGUUUCAUUUGUCUUCUAUCAGCGGUCGCAUCAACAAAAAACAACUCCUUGAAAUUUCUCUCUGUGCUGUGAUCUACUUAUAGACUAGAUAAAUUUAUCAAAUUUUAAUUGUUAUACCUAUAUUACUAGCCUUACAUAGGCAUAAAUGAAAAUCAAAGUCUUAUUUUAUAUGCUUGACAUAAGACCAAAAAGUGACAAUAUUUUAUGGCAUGUUGGUUUAGAAAUGUGAAUGCUCUAUUUAUUUGAUGCCAUUAGUUAAUUGAUUAUGAGUGCGGAUUUAAUUUUGUUGGGCCCUUAAUAAACUUGUAAUUGUAAGUGUAGGUUGCAAAGAAUCUAUUUUGUUGCAUAUCUGAAGAUUGUUCUUUUCAGCAGUACUGCAUGCACAGAACCAGAUGUGAGUGUGUGGAUCAGAACUACCUUAGGCAACUACUGUAUAAAUUAAUAAGAUAUUUUUAUAACCAGAG